AUGGAUAUGGAAAACAACACAAUAGUUGAGAAAGAAGGUUCUACCUUGACGAUUCCAGAGAACAGAACACACACAGGAUCUGAUAUUGCACCAUUUACAGAGUUCCCAAAUCACCACGAAAUCAAUGUGAAUCCAUCUAGACGUGACUUGAACUUGCAAACCUCCUAUGGUUUCUUGGUCGACAAUUUAUUGUCACCCGAGGAGUGUCAAUUUUAUAUUGAUGAGUCAUUAAAGAAAGGAUAUAGAACAAUAGAAAAAGAAUUCCCAAAGGAAUACAGAAACAACACAAGAUAUCUUGGUAAAUGUAAAACUUUAUCAAAUGUUUUAUGGACACGUUUACAACAUCAUUUUAAGACUGAAGAGGUAGAGAAUAUUAAGCCAUAUGGUUUCGAUCAGGAUGGUAUUUGGAUUCCUUUGGGUUUGGAUGACUGCUUUACUUUUGGUCGAUAUGAGCCAGGUGGUCGUUUCAAGCCACAUUUAGACGCGACUUAUGCAGAGUCACCAGAUACUCGUAGUAUCUAUACCAUGCAGAUCUACUUGAACGACGACUACAACGGUGGAAAGACCAAUUUUUACUUACCUGCCAAUCCACUCGAGUUGGACAAACAUGUAAUGACAGAGUCCGUGCAACCAAAGCGUGGAACAGCAUUGAUCUUCAAUCACGAUACUCUCCAUGAGGGUGCAGAGGUAACUAGCGGAGUCAAGUUCAUUCUACGUGUCGAUAUGAUGUUCUUGCGUAUCAAAAGAGGCAAUGACAUGCCAGCAGACCAAAAAGAAAAGUUACAACGUGCACGUGAAUUGUUCUUCAAGGCCGAUAGCCUAGAGAAAGAUACAGGUGAUUUGGUAUCUGCCAUCGAAACCUAUGUAAAAGCUCAGAUGUUAUUGGCUGAACUACCAUCUGUCGACUCUCCAGUAUCCACUUCUACCACUUCAACCACUACCACCACCGACAAGUCACCAUCAGCUAUCGUUAAAACAUUAGCAAAGCAAGAUGCUACCAUCUAUGCUCUACCGGAAAUCAUUCUUUUCAAUAUUUUGGUAACUUGUUCACUCAAGGAUAUCAUUAACUUUAGAAGCACAUGCAAAUCAAUGUACAAGACACUCACAAAGAAUGCACUCUGGAAGAAGGUUUAUAUCAAGCUCUACUCGUACGAGUCAUUUAUCUUUGAGGAGCCGAAUGCCGAAUUGCUCGACAAACCAAAAACCAAAGUAUCACUUCUUGGCAGCAUCACCAAGAAAUUCCAACGUAUGGAAGUUACACCUACCGAACCUAGAUGUUGGUUUAUCACUGUACAGAAUAUUCACUCUGCGCAUGUUCGAAACAAUUUUGUGUUCCUCGAUAUCGGUAGAAACAUUACCAAGUACUGUCUUUUGAACUCCAGUCAUCAAGUUUUACCGUCUCGUGCCAGUAUCCAUUACGAAUAUGCACCUCACUAUGCAAUGUCAUCGUUUGAUCGUGAGUAUUGGAAUGUAGGAUACAAUGCAUCGGCAAAUCACCAGAUUCCAAUCGAGAAGGGUGAGUUUGAUGUCGGUCGUGUGCAAUGUACCAUUGAGAUUAUCAAGCAUUGCUUUCACUCAUUCUCAAAGAGACUAUCCUCAACACACCCAUAUGUACUUGCACUGACACCACCAAUGAUAAACAAAGCACAUCAACAAAACCAUCUUGUAAAUCUUCGUAGAAAGCAACACAAUGAGUUGGUACUCUACAAAGAUGCAGGUCUAUGUGUUCUCCAAUCACACGGUAUAGAAUCUGGUAUUGUCGUAAUGGUUGGUGUAUCUGCGACCUUUAUCAUCAAUUACUCAAAGGGUAAAAUGCUCUCACACGUGGAUUUCGCUGUCAACGGUACCACAGUGGUCAACUAUGUCAAAGAUAAAAAUGUGGCCUAUCAAAAACCAAAGGAAAUUCAACAUUUAUUCGUCAACCGAACGACCUACGACACAAGACCUGCAGAUUUGAUCGACGAAUGGUAUAAGCAUGUCAGUGUCUCGAUGGAAUACCAAAAGGAUGCAACCAAGUCAUCGAUUGGUGAAUCACUCUUUUACUCUGCACCAGAGCUCUUCUUCAACCCCGGACUUGACAACAUUCAGUCUGUCGGAAUAGUAGAGGCAAUUGUCAACGCCUACGCCGAGAUUCCAGAAGCCGAGAAACCAAAUAUCAAGAAUGUUGUCUUAACUGGUGGAAUUGUUAAAAUACCAAACUCCUCAGCAAAGAAAUCGAUAGAAUCAAUCAUUGUUUCAAUGGGCGUUAACAUUGAAUCCAUAUAUUAUAAGGGUUGGGAAGUUUUUGCAGGUGAUCUUUUGUAUCCCAAUUACAUUCGGAAGUCAUACAAACCAUAUCUAAUGUCGUGUGAUGUAGUUAUAUUCGUUGUGGAUUCAUCGGAUUAUCUUCAAAUCUCAGCAGCCAAGGAGCAGAUCGAUUUGCUCCUCUCUGAGAAUUGUAUUAAUAGCAGUGUAUUUCUAGUGUUGGCCAACAAACAAGAUCUAAAAAAGCGAAUUGCACCAGUACAACUCGAAAACUAUCUCGAACUUUACAGAUUGAACGUUCCAUGGAAGUGCAUACCAACAUCGGUCGAGUCGGAAAUUGGUAUCGAAGACUCUAUAAAAUGGAUACUAGAGAAUACUAUCACAAGAACUGUACCUAUUGUUUAA